AUGCAUGAACUGGUUUAUGAAGUUACUUUCUAUUCUACCAUUUGCUUAUCUCCGCAGCCCAUUUGCCAAGCUGCCUACGAUAACGACCUUCGCAAGGUGUACCACAUUCUAAAAGAGGAUGCCAAGACUUUAAAGGUUCAAGAUGGGGAAUCUGGCGAUACACCAGUCAUAGCUGCCUGCAGAUGUGGAAACAUCAGAAUGGUCAAGUACCUUUUGGACCUGGAGGCAGAUGUAGCUAUAAGGAACAAGGUAGUGGAAAUGCAGUUCUGAGACAUUUGGACAGUAGUUGUGUAACUUUGUAACUGUAUUGAUGCUUGUUUCUAUGACUACCAAAUACACAAACAGUAGUUAUUAGUUAUUAUGUCACCAUGUCAUUUAUAUGUAAAUACUUGGUAAAAAAGGAUACUAUCAGACCAAGCGUGUCCUUUACUUCACUGUAAUUGUAGUUACCUACAAUGGAAAUGAGGAUGUUCCUCACCUAGGUGAUGCAAUUGAAUAAACGAUACAGAAAUGUUCGUGUUACCAAUGAGGAGAAUGCCAAAACUGGGCGUCUUGUGAAACGUGUGGCACUGAUCCAUGCUCUCUCUCCCUGUCUGCCUGUAGAAACAGAGGACAUGUUUGCACUCUCCUGCAAAGAGGACCUUCUCCUUCCUGGAUUACCUGAUGAUCACUAUCCUCAUGCCAAUUCUGUUGAUUGGAUACCUCAUUCUGGUAGGAUAUAGUUUGAAACGCUGACAUUAGAAUAUAGUGGCGCAAAUUCUUAAGUCUCUCCUCAUCAGUCAAGGCUCCCAGACCAGCCACACAAACUACACUGUAAGAGCAAUAGGAUCUGUGGUAUAAACCUUCCUCCUCUCAACAGGUAGACAAGCAAAGGAAGAGUGUGAAACUAAUGAAUCUGGUUUUGAGCACUAAAGUGGAGGUUGGCGCUGUGGACUAUGUGAGUACUGAGAUGAAGUAUAUAGUUGAGUAUUAGAACAAUGAGCGACUGAUCAUUCUCUGUGACUUAUUUGACCUGUGUGUUCACUGUGCAUUUCAGCAGGGAAACACUGGCCUUCACUACGUCUGUCAGAGGAAGAGUUACAGACUCGUUCCACUGUUACUGGAGAAAAAGGCAGACGUUUCUAUAAAAAACUAA